CAAUAUUCUGAAAUGGCAAUCCCAUUGGCAAGACUUUGCAUUUUAGUAUGCAUGUCUGCAUUCUGCCUCUACUUAGGUAAGGCAGAUGAUGUCCCUCAAACUGGUGGAGGAGCAGUAGAUCCGGCUCAAAUUGUUGCAAAGGCGUUGCUGUGUUUUAAUCAAAAAAGUAUUUAUAGCAGCUGUGCAGAAUCUUACAGGCUGACGGCUACUGGCAACCUGAACGUGCCACAGGACUACACCAAUCAGUACUGCAACGGACCAUGCCUGACCGAGACACAACUGGUGCUUAACUGCAUAGAGAACAUUAUGACAAACUUUGUGUUCUAUAAUAGGGCCACAAUUCAGGAUAUCAGGGACACCAUCCAGGCAGCAUGUGGAUAUGGCCCUCAGAGAGGGGAUUUUAAUGUUCUGGAGCACAUUGAAGCUGAGGGAAGCAGAGCAAACAGGGCAGCAACCCGAAUUCCGGUUUCUCUUGGAUUAAUGAUCAUAGGAAGGAUUUUGUUCUUAUGAAGAAUCUUGAUUUCAUAUUGUAACAUAUCAAAUAAACUCUUUUACCCUAUCCUAAUGAAUCUGAGAGACUUGAGUCUGAUAUCUGAUAAUCCCAAAUUUAUGUGACAUAAUAUAAUCUUUUUUAUAUUGUAUUUCUGCAUAACACAUCUGCUGUUUUUUGCUCCAAACUGGCUAAAAAUUUUAGUUGGUCUGGACGGAAAAAACAGUUUUUUUGUUUAAAUUAAGAAUCCUAUAAAAGAAAUCAUGUUAAUAAAACGAAUGUACCAAAACAAAAAGGGUUCUUCUUCAUAAUCAUAUUUGAAAUUCUUUCUAGGGUCUAAGCAAGCUUAUAAAAGCUUUGUUUAAUUCUUCUUCAGGAUUACAAGUUUUCAAUAGACUUUCUCAAUCAAAUCUUCAUUCCUGGUUCGACAAUGGAAACUUCCUGAAAAAAUGGAAGAUCCAGGAGAGAUGAUUGAGAUUGACACGAUCCAAGCUCAUCCUCCAUGUAUUCUGAUGCCUGAUAUAGAAUCAUCUUGAUGGGGCACCUGGCAGCAACCCCAAAGGUUUACAAAAGCGAGCCAAAGUUCUUUCCAAAGCCCAUGCUUUAGUUUGGCACAUGGUCAAUGAUGAGAAGCUUAGUUGGGAGCUUAAUUAAAUCUUUUAUUAGUA